AUGUCAACUCCAUAUUUGUCAAGGCGUCGUCGUUUAUCUUCGCCAGUCCGAGAACCGUUAGGCAAUCAAGCUGCUGUUUGCAGAAAGAAGCUAGAGUUGUCAAAUGAAUGUUCUUCAUCCAAAUAUCUACACUUACAACUUUCUGAUGCUCCCAGUUCAUCAAAUAAAAUAGCCUCAUCUAUGCAUCAGCCUUGUCCAGAACUGAGCUCAACUUUGUCUGAUAGUAUCCAUGGAGAAUACCAGUCUGCAGAUGAGGAAUGCUCCUGGAGCAAUACAAGUCUUGCAGACUUGUAUCCAGGAAUGUUAGAGAUAUUUACAGAGCUCAUGACAAAGCAUUCUCAGAGGAAAGUGUUAAAGUACAUGUUUGGACAGUUAAGGUCCAAGAGAUGUCAUUCUAGAAGACCAAAGCUCAAUGUCACCCUAGACAAAAUGAGAGGGUUCGGACCCUCUGAACUAAAGAAAGGAUUUCACAGCACAUGUAGCUGUAGAAGUGAAGACAACCAGAGUACAACUUUCGGAAAUGAGGGCAGAGAGUUCUCUUGUGAUAGCUGCCUCAUUAGUAGUUCAUCUGGUCUGCUGCCCUAUGCUUCUACUGAUACAAAUGAAAUCACAAUGGGCUACUCUAACGCAAGUUUACAACAUUUGACAUCUGGAAAGGGCCAAGAAGUCUACAAGCACACUGCUUUUCCUGAUGUUACGGUUAGAAUGGGAGAGACAUCUUUAGUUCAAGAUGAUUUACAGACUCCUGCCUCACCAAAGAAUUCAGAAUACGUAGAAAGUGAAAAAUUGGCUUACAGACGUUUCUCAGAACCCAGUUUUAUAACAUCUACUGCCAGUUCAGAUUCAAGAGUGCUUCAUCUUGUAAAAGAGAGUGAAACUCAGAAAACUGACUUUUGUGUUGGUACCUUAGAGUCACUUUCAUCUGCUUGUAGUUCCUCUGGCAAUAGGAACAAUUCAAUCCCUAUCCUAAGUUGUUCUCCUGCAAGAUCAUCAAAUACUGCAUUCAUAUAUCCUGAAAAAAUAAUUUCUAAAAGACAAACUUCUUUCCAGCACAAAGGCUUAGUUUCUUCCUCGUUUAUGAAGCAGAAUCCUUCAAAGAUGCCCAAUAAAUAUGAAGAUGCGUUUGAGGAACUCUACUACAAAGUGUGUUCUGAAGAAUUCCAAAAGUCUUUGACAUUGACAAGACCUCUUAUAAACUCACAGAACCUUGAAGAAAAAGGAAGAUUAGUGAAGAGCGAUUUAAGUCGUUUUAGGCAGUCCAUGAAACAGAUUGUUACAGAAUUUGACAAGAUCUAUGGGGAACUGUGUAGGAAUUCUGUUCCAAAAUUUCCUGGGUUUCAGACAGCUUCAAAUUUCAGAAAAUAUGAAGAAAUACAGAUGCCUGAAACUGUAAAUGCUCUUGUUAAUUCUCCUGUCCAAACUUAUUCUGCAAUUUCCAAAGUUAAAAGAACAAAAAAUUUUCAAAACUAUCUUCUUUGUUCACCAGUAAAGCGACUGAAACUUACACCGGAACAUAGUUCUUCUUCAAAGAAGUGUCAGGAGGUUUCCCCCAGUGAAAAGGGUCAUCUUCAGAGAACUGAUACGGAUUUUUUGAGCACAUACAACUGCAGCAACCCCCACUUUUUUGGACAUCACAGCUGUCAUUGUCAGGGCUCUGGAUAUCAUGAUUCUUCAGAUAAAAGUUUUCUUGGUGAUCCUGGCACUUCCCUGCAAGAAUCUGGAACUGCAGGUGUGCACCCUGGUUGGCCUGGGGCAAUGGAGAAUUGCCGCUCUCUCAGAAAUGUGAGGAAGCGUCACCGAAGGGUGUACAGAAAAUUAAGCUACACUGAUGGGAAAGACCAAUCGUAG